ACCAAUUGCACCAUUGCGACCAAUCCCUUUGAGCACAACUUGAUCAGUCUCAACCUCAUGUCCCAGAAGGUCAAGUUUGUGGCGUUCAAGAGUGAGGAUCACGAUGUGAUGAGGCAGGGGUAUCAGUUCUCUGGCUUUGUGCAGGAUCUUCAUGGGGGCGAUUUCUAGAGCUUGAUGAGAGCGGCGAUCAGGACGUCUGCAGGGAUAUCGUCAAGAUAUUAGUGGAUGGGACGGAUGUGAUGUGUGGACUGAACAGCGAGGAUAUCGGGCGAUUGACAACGUACAAGAUGUCGCUCCACCACCACCUCCAUCGAGCCAACAAAACCUCCUGGCUCUUCAUUUGUGGAGACAGGAUUGUGCGAGAGAUCGUGAAGAAGCUCCCAGUCGAGCUCUUCCCACCACCUUCGACCUCUACCCUUCCCAAAGUCGACCACACCGUCCCUGCCGACGUGUCCUUUUACCUCGCCUCCCUCCCUGUUGACGGGCAAAAGAAUGCAAGACUCAGGUCCGAGGUCUUGAGGAACCCCGAAGGUAAUGCACCUCCACCACCCCCAAGGAUCUAUGCCGAUCAUGACCUCGAUGUCAUGCUGCCAGAGGUGCUGGAGGCUUUGGAGGAUGUCAUGGAGCCUUUCACAAAAGAGGGGUUCUCGCAGGUGCUGCCGAGGGUCAGGAGGAUGAUGGAUAGGCUGAGGGACAGGGUAGAGACGGGCCCAAGGUCGAGAUACUCCACUCAGUUCUUCCUCGACACCAUCCCCCUCAUCUUUCGAGCCGUCGCGAGCGCUGAGAAACUUGCAGGAGCCAUACAUCCUCGCAUGGCCACCUACAUCGACCAUCUGCUCACUAUCUUGUCCAUGUCAGUCUUGUCGACUCGACCAGGGGUCCUUUCGGUCGCUAUGGCAGCACUGAGCUACGAUAUGGUCGACAAGUUGGCCAUUCUCAGCUUCGACAACAAUGAGGCUUACCACAGCCCCAAUGUGGCUUAUCACAUUCAUUAUUGGCUGUUCAUGACCGUCUCGGCAUUAGCCAGUGCAGCGCUUGUGGCGAGCAUCGUGGGGUACCACAAGCCACCUGCACCACUUGGACCAAUCAUGACAAAGAAGCAGAGGAGGCAAGCGUCGAAAGAGGCCAUGUGGAGUGAUUGCGGCUAUGUCUGUCACGUCAAGGGAUGUGCACAGAAGCUGCAAGUGGAGCAGGAUGACACGACGAUCGAUCCCAUUUACGAAGCUCAAGCCAAGAACGGGACGGCGAACCGAUGGUACAGAGCUGGGGACACCUUCUCCAAAUGGGUCACUAAGGACGAAAAUACUGGCAACAAGCGGGUGGAUUUCAUGGCUUGUCCAGAUGAACUGCACGACUUUGGGGAAUCGACCAACCUGCGGACUGGAGCCAUGCUGCUAAGGCAAAUACUGCAUUCAAAAUGUCGAGGAGGUCAGGGCAAGCCUGGCGUCGGGGGCUUAUAACAGAGUCGCCAGCAGCGGGGGCUCAUUGGACACUAUGAGAAGGACAUGUGAUGACGACGCAUGGACAGGUGAUGCGAGAUGAUGAUGCGAUUAUAAUGCAGGUGAUGGUGAUGCGAUUAUACUACACUUUUAGACACGACCCAAUGUCACCGAGUUGCAUAGAGAUACAACGGAAUAUAAGAAGGGAUAGAGAGAAGAGAAGAGAGGUUAUUUGCUAGACGCGCUCAGGUGAGAUGAUCAAUUCCGACACUAUGUACUCUCUAUGUAGACACUGUAAGAUCUGCGUGUCAGCUACACGCUCGGAAAAAUUUAUCUGGGAUCUGCAUGCAAGUUGCAUGAACAUGGAA